CUAGUUGACCAAAAACUCUAUAAAAACCCUAAUAGCCCUUCCGGACGAAAAUCUCCCAAGUCUUAGCUUUCCACCACUCUUAAUCGCUAUCGGAAUCCGGCCCAAUUGAAGAAGUUUGAACUCGUGAAACCAGUGGCAUUGUUAGCACUAAGACAUGAGUGGAACAGGAGAGAAAGGCUCAGCAACCACCAAAACCCCAGCUGAUUUUCUCAAAUCUAUUCGGGGGCGACCUGUUGUUGUCAAGCUAAACUCUGGCGUUGACUAUCGAGGUAUCUUAGCUUGUCUCGAUGGAUACAUGAAUAUAGCAAUGGAACAAACAGAGGAAUACGUCAAUGGACAGCUGAAGAAUAAAUAUGGAGACGCUUUUAUUCGUGGAAAUAAUGUGCUAUAUAUCAGCACAUCAAAGAGAACCCUAGCAGAGGGGGCAUAAAGUUGAGGUUCCAAAUACAUCCAAGUUAUUUCAUCAUGUUCUGUGCUGUUGAUGAAUUCAUAGAUUAGGAUUUUUUUUUUGCUGUUCUCCUUUUAGGCAGAUCAAGAAUCUUUGUACUCCUAAACAUGUUCUUCGAACUAAAUCAGCAUUCUGAACGCAGAAAACAUGUUAUCUGUUGAACUAUAUAUGGAUGGCUGCUUGCAGAUUGUCUGACGUACAGUUGAAGUAGAUAUAGCUACUGGUGCCUGUAUUCUGCCAAUGUUGCAUCAACACAUGAUUUGCUGGCCUACCAAACAAAAGAUUUUCUUGUGUUGUACCCAAAUUCGUUCUCGA